UCGUUCGCCCUCCUCACCGCCUCGGAUCCCUUACUUUCUCCCCUUCCCAUGAGCCAGAGAGGACCAGCAGUCAUGGUGGAUCAGGAAGCCGCGCCGCCCCACGGGAUCCUGCUCGCGGUCGUCGUCGCCCUGGUGGUGGCCGCCCCCUUCUUCGUCGGCGGCGGAGGUGAGGCCAUCACCGGCGCCAUCUCCGACCUCCUCAGCCCCGCCGGCCUCCUACUCCUCCCCGUCCUCCUCAUACUCCUCAUCCGCUUCCUAUCUUCCGACCGCGGCGCCAUCCUCUCCGAGAUCUUCUCCGCGGGCUCCCCCGACUCCGUCCACCGCGUCGGCGGAUCCCCAGUCGGCAUCGGCCUCUUGCUCCUCCUCAUCCUCUGCCUCCUCUACUACCGCUUCUCCAUCUUCGGCGGUGGCGGGGGCGACGACGAGUAAAGUGGCCGGCGCGUGAUCGAAGUGGGAGUAGAUUUGGGAUUGUGAUUUCGAAGGCUGUGGUUAGGUGGCAUUGAGUGUUGACUCCCUGUGGAACGCUAAGUUACGUUAUUGCCCCCUGCGUAUGUGUUAAAUUAAAUACAUAGUGAAUUAUUAUC